AUGAAUCCACCAUCAUAUACUCCAAAGAUUGAAGGACCAAACAAAAGUUCUAAUCAAUUAAUUUUUACUGGAGUUAAGGUUUCUCUUAAUAAACCAGCUCCUCAACCAUCACCACCUUCGAUUCAAAUCCAACCUCCAACAAGUCAGCCUUCUGUUGAGAAAGUUGACAAGAGUUUAGGUGGACUUUCCAUUAGUGGUGUCAGAAUGCCAGACUUCGAUAGCAUUAUGGCGAUGUUAAAUAAAGAUCACAAUGGAAAGAAGUUCACAAGAGCAUCAAAAGGCUAUAUCGCGCUUACAAAUUUCAUCAAAAACAUUCAGACAUCAUCAAAUUCCCCUCAGCAGCAGAGGAGGCCCCAAUACGGCUACAAAAACAGAGCUAAAGAUCAGGCUGAACUUUCUGAGAGAGAUGACAACAGGUUCGUCCCGCAGAGCAUGAUGAAGAACGCCGAUGUUUGGGUAGCAGGAACAAAGGAUGAGUUCAGUUAUAACGUAAACUUAACACUAAACAGAUUAACAGAUAAGAAAUUACAAUCAACAGUCGAAGAACUCGAAAAACACGUUAAUGAUAUCGAUGAAGCUACAAAACAAGAAGACCCAGCUGCAGAUCAGCCACACGAUGAAGAAGAUGACCGUAUUACAUCAAAAGAAGUUGCCAUGGACAUUAUCUGCGAUGUCUUAUGCGAAAAGGCACAAGAAGAACAUGGUUUCUCAGAUUUAUACGCUCAAUUUACAAAAUCUUUAUCUGAUGACGAACUUCGUUCAAAGAUUUUGGUGAAAACCUUCAAGACAAUGGAAGAUUUCCAUGUCAACCUUCCUACUAGUGAUGAAGAAGGCACAAUUUCAUGCGGAACAGCUAAGUUCCUCGCAUGUUUAAUCAAUCAUAAGGUUAUUGAUGUCAAAACAGCCUUGGAUUUGCUUGCAAAGCUUCUUAAGUGCAUCGUUGACUCCGAAAACAACUCCUACCUUAUCGAAAUGCUCGAAGUUUUCCUCAAAAACGCAGGCAAAGAUUUUAUGUGCCAAGUAGAAAAGGAACAGUGGGACAUCUUCGACCAAAUCGUCAAAUCCGUCAAGCAAACAACACGUCUCGGCUGUUUGCUUAUGAAUAUCGUCGAACUUAAGAGCGAAUGGGUUGAUAAUCAGACAGUUAAGGUCCAGGCAGCUCCAGCACCGGCCAAAACCAGCAACAGCUCAGACAUUGUUCGUAAUAGCUACUGCGAUUUCUGCGAAGGAAGCGAAUUGGCCAAGAUUCCACUUGAUCCAGGAGAUUACUUACUCCAAGCACUCCACCAGCUUCCAGACCACGUCAAAGAUGCCAAUACAUAUGGUCUGUUCCUUACAAUUUCGAUUUCCUUAGCGAACAGAAUAGAUAAACCACUUUACCAAGAAAUUACCGAAGUUCUUAAGAAAUUUACACGCGAAAUCACCGAGAACAACAUGAUUGAGGAAUGUCCUAAGAUCUGGGUUACUUAUUACCAAGUUCUUGUUGCUCUUUACGCAUUUAAUCGUUUUGAUUUCAAAUUCAUCAACGAAAUCUUCCCACAACAGACAGCCAAAGACAAAUGGUACAACGAAUGUCGAUAUUUCAUAUACGAUAACUGCGAUUUCACAAGAGCAUACAAGAUAUCCCAGCAACAACACAACGAAAUCAACGAUGCCUUAUCUAUGCCUGAUAUCAUUGACCAGAGGACCAAGGAUUCACCACUUUCCAGACUUACAGCUGUUGCAACAUGCAGAACAGUGAUGAACAAGGCAUUUUCUGCAAUUGAAGCAGCACAAGGAGAAGAAGCUGCUGAAAAAGAGAAAGCAGGAGAAACACUCACUAAAUAUUCACAGCAAUUACUUGCUGUUUAUCAGAAAUUCCCUUCUGUUUUCGAUGAAGAGUUUGAAACAGCUGUAAACGAAUACGAAUUCCCUCUCGACUUGGAGCAGAUAAAGGCAAAAAUUGGAGCAUCCCAGUGA